AUGGUGAAAGGUCAUCAAGGAAUACCAGAGGACCAGAUGGAUACUGUGGCCCCUUCCUCCUGUCAACGGGCGAAGACAACGCGGCAUCCGCUUUGCCAGCUCGAGAUUCGCAAGAUCGAGCUCCCCAACGGCGAGGUGCAGGGGCAGCGCCAGCAGGUGCCGUUGAUCCUGUCCUGGGCUUUGUCCAUUCACAAGGCGCAGGGCCAGACCCUGCGGCGCGUCAGGGUCGAUCUGCGGAAAGUGUUGAACUGCAUAGGCAUGGAAGUUAUCAACCUUCUCUGUUCUCCGUGCGGGGCCAAGGGAAUCGGGCAAGAGCAGUCCACUGCCCGCGAUAUCGCCGCCGCUGCCGCGCUGUACGCCGCCGCCAAGCAUUGCAACGUCGGGGUUGAGAACGACGAACGCGGUAAGCCCUGGUGGAGGUUAACCGAUGUGGACAUCCACGAGGUGCGUCGCACGGUCAUGAUAAUGGCACAAUUGUAUGAGCAGCAUGCCUUGAAAAGGAAUAUGUGCUAUCUGUCCGCGCCCACCGCGUCAGACGAGGGUACUGAGAAGACCAGGAUCCUGCGCGCGGGCGGAUCCGCGUCUAAGACCCGCACGCGGUCCAGGGAGCCCGAACAUGACCGCAUCCUACCUUCCAAAGGCAUUUGA